UUUCGUACAUGCGCGCGCGCUGGUCACGCUGGCUAGCGUCCAUCUGGCCUACAUUUUUUAUGUAAUGUCACUCCACUUUGUUGUCGUUUUUACAAAGAAAAAAUCGUGCUAGUAACCAAACCAAAGAACCCAAGAAUAUUACUUUGUGCGCUGUGAUGUGAUAUCCAAUUAGAACACAAUAAUGAAUUGUCAUCAAAUACUGAGCGGUGCCUGCAAUGCAGGUGACCGGUGCUUCGCAAUUGGCUCCGUGGAAGGCAUACCUUUUACAGCAUACGCGGCUGGCUGCAAUGUGGUCAUCCUGGCGAGCACAUUUGAACGCGUCCAAAUCAUACCGGGCGCCAAUCAUGGCUAUGUGAAGAUCUCCGCCUUGGACUGCAGCACCGAUACGGGCAAAAUCGCGGCUGCCUAUGAGAAUAAGAUAUGCAUUUUUGAGCCGACGCCGGUGAUUGAGUCGAGCAAGCACAACACACACUUUCUCGACUACAGAUGGGUGCAGACGGGCUCGUUUACCAGCCACUCGAAUGUGGUGACAUUGUCGUGGAAUCUGGAGGGAACGCGUCUGCUCACCGGUGGCACCAACAUACAGCUCUGGAAGAGCAAAUCGCCCACACAUCAGCCCGAAGAGGAGCACACUGGCGUCAAGUUCGAGAUUGGGGAGAGCAAGGAGCCCAAAACGCCGGCGGCGGGGCAAACGGAUGAUGUGUCGACGUGGGAGAACAUUUGGUCGUGCCAAACAGCGAUACCCAUUUACCACAUGGCAUUUAGUCCCGAUGGCACGCUCUUUGCCACCUGCGGACGCAACGAUCGUCUAGUCAAGAUCUGGUACGAGAACAAGCAGGUGCUUUUCCCAGCCAAAAGCACAAGCACUGCUCCGACCACCAACAAUGCAACAACAGGAGCAGGAGCAGCUUCCCAAGGAGCACCAACGAGUGCACACGAUGGCAGCGGAGGCAUCGCUGGCGGUGAGCUCAACUUUACGUACGUGUACAUCGCACAUCCGCGCGCCGUGUCGAACAUUGUGUGGCGCAAGACGAGCAAAUAUAUGCCCAAGGGAUCGGUGGCCAAUAUGCUGGUGACCUCGUGUCUGGACAACAUUUGCCGCAUCUGGAUUGAGACGGUGCUGCCGGACGAUGGCAUGGUCAAUAUGACCCAAUACGAUCCGUUGGCCUCGCAGAAUCCCAAGUUUCGGACGCAUCGGCACAAGCAUCGCUUUAUGCAGCGCCUCAAGCACAUGAAGACCUGUUUCCAUUUGCGUCGUCACAUCAAGGCCGGCGCCAAUGCGAACAUCGGUCCCGGUGGACCUCAUGGACCCGGCUCCGCUGGCGGUGGUCCCGGAAGUGGCGGAGGCGCUGCGGGAGGUGGCCAAGGGAUGGGAGGUCUUGGUAGCUCACCGGCGAGUUUCAGCAACUAUCAGGGACCGAUCCCUUCGCUGCCGUCGUCGUGCAGCGUGCAUGACUUCCAUUCGUAUGGCUUUCAGGGGUCGGGCGUUACGCCGGGCAUGCAUUUCCAUUUGGCGGCAUCGAUCAAUGCCGAAACGGAUAUACCGCUGGUGCCGUCGAUGCAGACAUCGGAUCCAACCAAUCAGAAUGUGUUUAUAUUGCACUGGCUGAACAACAAGGAGAUGCAUUUCACGCUGCAAGCGGAGGCCAUACUCCCAGGAGCUAACCAAAAAAGGUGA